UAAUUGGCAACACAACAUAUCGGGUCAUCAAAAAUGGCCGAAGUACCGAUCGAGAGUGAAUUCCCUGUUUGGGGAUUAUUACCGAAAAAAGAAACAGGGGUUGUGUCUUUUUUAAAUAAAUAUCCCGAUUAUGAUGGCAGGGGUACUAUAAUAGCUAUUCUAGAUUCUGGUGUGGAUCCUGCUGCCGCCGGUCUUAAGGUAACGUCGACAGGUGAAAUAAAGGUUAUAGAAAGAUUUGACUGCAGUGGAUGUGGAGAUGUUGAUACUAGUACUAUUAUCAAGAAAGUUGUCGAUGGCCACAUUACCGGUAUUACAGGAAGGAAACUUAAAAUUCCAGAGUCAUGGAAGAAUCCAACUGGGAAUUGGAGAACAGGAGUAUUAUAUCCUUUCAGUAUUUACCCUACAAAGCUAAAAGAGCGGGUGCAGGAACAUAGGAAGGAGCACCUCUGGGAUGUGGGACAUAAGAAAGCAUUUGCUGAGGCAAAUGCUAAACUACACGAAUUUGAAACUGAUGUUGCUGCCAAAAAUCCUAAUUUAAGUGCUGAUGAGAAACUUCUCAAAGAAGAGUUGGAGGCACGAGUAGAAGUGUUGCAAGCGGCAGAAAAGAAAUACACAGAUGUCGGCCCCACAUAUGACUGUGUAUUAUUUCAUGAUGGUGAAAUUUGGAGGGCAUGUAUCGACACAACUGAGAGUGGGGAGCUGUCGGAGGGUUUGUUGCUGGGGGAGUACAGCGUGACGCACGAGCACGCACAUCUCACUUCCCUCGACGAGAUGACGGUCAGCAUCAAUGUGCACGAUGAUGGUGACGUGUUGGAGGUGGUCGGAAUGUGCUCAACGCACGGCACGCACGUGGCGGCGAUAGCGGCGGGCUACUUCCCCGAGGAGGCGGAGCGCAACGGCGUCGCGCCCGGCGCUCAGAUAGUCUCCCUCACCAUCGGCGACGGCCGCCUCGGCUCCAUGGAGACCGGCACCGCGCUCGUGCGCGCCUGCCUCAAGAUCAUGGACCUCACCGCCACAAGGAAGAUCGACGUCAUCAACAUGAGCUAUGGGGAACACGCACACUGGUCCAACUCCGGUCGCGUGGGCGAGGUGAUAAGUUCAGUGGUGAACCGGUACGGCGUGUCCUGGGUGGUGUCCGCCGGCAACCACGGGCCCGCGCUCUGCACUGUCGGCACGCCGCCCGACAUCGCGCACCCCGUGCUCAUCGGUGUGGGCGCGUACGUGUCGGCGGAGAUGAUGAGCGCGGCGUACUCGAUGCGCGCGGCGGGUCCGGCGGGCGCGUUCAGCUGGAGCUCGCGCGGCCCGUGCGCGGACGGGGCGGCCGGCGUCUCGCUGUGCGCGCCCGGCGGCGCCGUCGCCUCCGUCGCCAGGUUCACUCUGCGCAAUUGCCAGCUAAUGAAUGGCACGUCGAUGGCCGCGCCGCAUGUUGCCGGUGCUGUUGCGGCGCUGGUGUCGGGUCUGCGUGCCCGUGCGCUGCCGCACUCGCCGUACAGCAUGAAGAGGGCGCUGGAGAACUCCGCCACGCAUCUCCCGCACGUGGAGCCCUGGGCGCAGGGCUGCGGACUACUUAAUAUCGAAAAGGCGUUCGAAAUCCUAACAAAAUACCACAGCGAGGUGGAGCGCGACGUGACAUUCAGCGUGCAGUGCGGCCCGCACAACGGCAAGGGCAUCCUGCUGCGGCCGCGGCCUGCAGACCCGCCGCAGGACAUCGGCGUCACCGUCGAGCCCCACUUCCUGCUCGACCACACCGACCUGCACAACAAGUCGGUCAUUCCCAAGCAGAUCGCGUUCGGCGUGCGGCUCGCGCUCGUCUGCGCGGCGCCCUGGGUCUCCACACCCGCACACCUCGACCUCAUGAACGCCGCGCGCGCCCUCGCCCUGCGCCUGCGCACCUCCCACCUGCCGCCCGGACCCCACCACGCCAGCAUAAACGCGUACGACGUGUCGUGCGUGGAGAAGGGGCCGGUGUUCCGCAUCAACAUCACGGUGCUGCAGCCGCAGCCGCUGCCGCUGGACGCGCCCGCCAGCCCGCACUUCGCCGAGCGCGACGUGCUCUUCAGACCCGCCACCAUCAAGCGACACUUCGUUAUACCGCCGGCGGAUGCGACGUGGGCGGUGCUGCGGCUGAGCACGGCGGAGCGCGAGCGGUCGGGCCGCUUCCUGGUGCACACGAUGCAGCUGCUGCCCCAGCGCAGCUGUCGCUCGCACGAGACGCACAAGCUGCUCAACGUCACCGCGGAGGCGCCCACCUACCUGCCCUUCCAAGUCGUGGGCGGUGUGACGCUGGAGGUGGCGAUAGCGAAGUACUGGGCGAACAUCGGCGAGCUGGUGGUGGAGUACAGCGUGGAGUUCCACGGGCUGCGGCCGGACUUCGGGUCGCAGCUGUGGCUGGGCGGCGCGCAGGCCCCCGCCCCCGUGCUGCUCUCCGCGCUGCGCCUGCAGGAGGUGCAGCCCGUCGCCCAGCUCAAGCACACGGAGCCGGUGUACAGGCCGACGGAGAGCAAGCUGGCGCCGCUGACUGCGCGCGACGUCAUCCCGCCCGGCCGACAGAUAUACCAGCUCAUCAACACGUACAACUUCCACAUCGCCAAGGCCACGGAGGUGUCGCCUAUCGUGUCGUUGCUGUGCGACACGCUGUACGAGUCGGAGUACGAGUCGCAGAUGUGGAUGUUGUACAACAGCUGCAAGCAGCUGAUGGCCGUCGGCGAUGCCUAUCCUUCCAAGUACUCAGUGAAGCUGGAGAAGGGCGAGUACGUGCUGCGGCUGGGCGUGCGCCACGACAACCGCGCGCUGCUGGAGCGCCUGCAGGAGCUGCCCGUCGUCAUCCAGCAGCGUCUGCCGCAGCCCAUCACGCUCGACGUCUACUGCUCGCACUCACAGGCGGUUACAGGCGGUAAGAAGUUCACAACUGCGCAGCUGCACAGCGGACACCUGCUGCCACUGUACAUUGCCCCCGUGCCCACAGACAAACUGAGCAGGUCGACGAUAUCGGUGGGUCAGACGCUGUCGGGCACGGUGACGUUCGCGAAGGAGGAGUCGGGUCGGCGCGUGGACGUGUACGUGGUGCGCGCCGCCCCCUGCGACCCGCCGCGCCGCACCCCCGCCCCGCACGCGCACGCGCACGCGCCUCCCCGCCGCCACGACGAGUACGCGGACGCGCACCGCGACCUCGCCGCCACCUGGCUCGCCAAGCUGGAGGGUGACAAGCUGGAGCAGCUGUACGAGGAGAUGCUGGAGAAGUACCCCGGCUACCUGGGCACGCACGUCGCGUACCUCAACAGUGUCGACUCGCCCACGGACCCCAAGAAAUUGCCUCACGCGGCGGAGGAGCCGGACGUGACGACGGCGUGGUGCGAGCAGCUCAUCACCAUUGCUGAUAAGGUGAUAAAGCAGAUCGAUCAGGACAAGCUGCUGGCCUACCUCGGCAUGAAGAACGACACGCGCGCAGACGCCACCAAGAUUAAACAGGAGCAGGAGCGGCUGCGCGGGUGGGCGGUGGAGGCGCUGUGCCGGCGCGGCGCGGCGCUGUGCCGGCUGCACGCGCUGGCGCAGGGCGGCGCCGCAAGGGACAAGAUCGACGACGCGCUGCGCAACAACCUCGCCGACCUGCUGCGUCUCGCCGACCUCACCGACACCAAGGUGCAGCACUACGGCGUGUGGCACUGCUUCACGAUGAAGCACUGGGGGCGCGCCAUCAAGCUGCUGAACAAGAUCCUGGAGGAGAGGCCGUCGCGCGAGGUGGAGGAGCGUCUGGCGGGCGCGUACCGCCAGCUGGGCUGGGAGCACCUCGCGCUCUGCGUGCAGCGCGCGCUGCCCGCCAAGUACCCGCCCGCAUACCGCCCCUUCUGAGUCACGCCGCACCCCCAACCCCCUACACCCCACACGCUAUAUUCUCUCCUUGCUGACAUUUUUUUACAUCAUUGAUGAAGUUAACUUAUGUAUUUAAUUUAUCUUAGCUUAUGUUCAAUCGAUUUAUAAUUUGUAAGAACUCGCUUUUACACAUUCUGUGACUUCGUCAGGCUUUUCUUGAUUUACGAUAAAGCCGUCUUUAUUUGCUGACAGUUUCUUAUUUAUUUAACUGUACCCAUAGAUUUAUAUAAUGUUAAUACAUUUUAUAGUAUAACACCGACCAACAGAAAAAUGAACAAAAACCAGCAAAAUUGUUGCCAGAGCAGAUUUGAACAUAACGGCAAACGGUUCACGAUUGAAAUUCGUCUGUAUAUAAACAUUUCGUAUGGAUUACUUACAUUCGACCAUUUAUUGCGUCAAAAGAAAAUAUUCAUCAGUGAAUUGCGAUUUAAGUGUUAGAAGUUGAUAAUGAAAUCCACAGGUCGAUACUGAUCAAUAUUUAUGUAACCAAGUAGGUAGGUCAAUCACAUAGCUAAAUACAACGGACAGAAUUCAACAUUAUAUACAUCUUAUACUCAUUUACAUAUACACCGAGAAGGCUUUUUUUUCAACCGGAUGUCAUAAAUGAAACUAAAUUAUGACAAGUCAGUAGCGCCUCCCGGGGGCGUCAACGUCAAAGAGUUAAGCUCCUUGUACUGUAACUGUCAUGUCAUUUUCUAAGUGUAAGUAGGUUUUAUAUAUAUUGUGACAAUACCUACCGCGAUAGUAGCGCCUCUCACGGGUUAACUCCUUCUUUGACUAUACAUUCUUUUAGGGAAUAAAAGCAAUAAACUUUCUAUUAAUGGAAAAACACGUGAGGUUUAUCAUUUAAUCGUAACUUUAAUGUGUAGGCAUUUAUUUUUAUAAAUAUAAUUGUGUUGAAUUCUGUUGAUUGCCUUGUCCGAUUGUAAGUCGGUGCAUCUGACAUAGAAGCUGCAAAGUACACUCUACAAUUGUUGUUUUAGUCGUCAUAUCUCCGAGUUUACAUCCUUUGUUAACAUUCAAAUUGUACAAUAUUACUGUGACUAUCAGCUGGCGUAGCACUUGUAUCAAAUUAUAUUCGCAUCUCUUUCACUCUAUUUGAAAGAACAGAGACAACAUGCGUCAACAAGUGUCACGCCAGUGGGUAUUCACGGCUAAACAUAGAAGUUGCCUGUAAGAGUUUAUUUUUACAAUUUAAGUAUAUUUUCGUUAAUAUUUAAGUUGUAUUGGCUUUGAAAGGUUGCAGCGGAGAAGAAGGAGUAUGUAUUAAGUCUGUUAGAUUUUAUAGUAAUGCAGAAUUUAGUCUUCAUUUGAAAUGAACUUUAAUAUGAUGAAUAUUUUAAUUCGAUCUUUUUUAAUUUAUACCGAAAUAAUACUAAACACAUUUCUAAGUCGAUACUCUGUAUUUCGUAAAGUAAAUGCAUUUAGAAGAGAUCCAAAGCGUUUCUAUAAAAUCUAACUGUUUCAAUAUAUUUUUUCAACUAGGAAAAUACGACAGGGUGCUAACGUGUUCGCGGCGUGUGCUCAACAGACUAGUUAAUGUUUUUUUAUUUUUUUUAACGGACAAUGUAUUUUGAAUUUUUAUUUGUUAGAACGAUGACCUCAUUAGUGUAAUUGUUUGUGCGAAGAACGAAGCUGUAGAUUCAAGAUAGUAGUGAUGUGAGAAAUGUUCUAGCGAUGCUUUAGUCUAUGGUACGGAGAAUAUGAGAAUAAGUAUGGGCAGGGCUUGUUUAUUCUGAUGUCCACUGAACGAUGAUACUAUUCAGAAGGUAUAUUGUUUAUCAAAUUAAUAUUGCUCUGCGCACUGUUUUUCGUACAGUGUCAAAAUUAAUGUUUUUGCAUUAAGAGUUAUUUUAUAUUGUUAGACAAGGUAUCAGUGGACAUUGACAGAUAAAUAGAUUGAAGAAGUGUUAGGAGUCGCGGAGAGAGUAUAGAGUAUCAAAUGCUUACUUGAAUCGCUUCGGUGAAGGUAUUGCCAUGUAUGAAAAUGAAUAAUGUACCCACAAGGAACAAUGCUACACUCAAAAUUUUAAAUGUUCAAAGGUAAUUGGAUAAAUUAUAAAAAAGAACUUGUGGAAGUGGUAACCUUAAAAAUUGAUAUGUAAAAUGUUAUUGAAUGAAAUUGAAAUAUACACAGAUCGGCACUAUUACACAAAAUUUGUUGUUUUUAUUUGUGUGCAUAACACAAUAAAUCCUUCCUUAUUUGAAAAGGUGCUUAUUUUAUUUUUGACGUUGUUAUUUGCUUAGUCGAGUAAUUAAUAUGCGGAUUUUAAAAUCUGUCAAGAGAAGAGGAUUAUAUUAACCUGAGUUGUAGUUUUGUGAACAAAUGUGU